AACAAACUAAAACAAACGCCCGCUGGUCUGAUCUCCAGUCUUAGUUUAGCAUGCUAUUAAAAUUCCAAACGGUUACUAAACAUAAUUGAUAUUUUUUUACUGUUUUAGGCCUGAAGAUUUACAUCGUAUCCGAGUGGAACAUAUGGAAAGGCAAUUGGCAAAUCUUACUGGGCUUGUACAGAAGGCUUUAACCCAGAAACCUUCGACGGUAAUAAGCAGUGCUCAAAACAAUUUGGGUGCACAAUAUCGAGCAGACAAAUCGGUUUCUUUUGAAAAGUCCGUUUCAUUCAGCGAUGAUAUACAAGGAGAAUCGAAAACCUACACACCAUUGAGUUCAGCUGAAACGAAACCGUCAAAACCUGCUAUAAAAUCAUCCACAUUGCCGAGAACAUCCUCACAAGAACGCGACCAUACGAAGACACCUCAGCCAUCAAGACAGUCGGCCUUUGCAGCAAAUCAGUUUAAUGCAGAUCUAUCACUUGCACCUGAAGUUUAUAACAAUUUGCGAGGACUGCAAAAGAAAACCAGAGAUCUUCGAAUGGAAGUUAGAUCUAUAAGGCGUUUGACUCAAACGCAGGCUAUAGCAAUUCGUGAAGAUAUUAAAGACACAUUCAUGAAGAUAAGAGCAACUUUACUGUCUAGUAGUAAUAAUCUGUUGGGACGUUCUGAUCAAGAGAGAGAAAACCUUACAAGAGAAGAAGAGAUUUACAAGCAAGAAGUAAUACGUUUAGAAAAAGAUCUGAGUGAUCUUGAAUCAUCAGUGGAAGGAUUACGAGGAGAAGUUAUUAAUCGUCGUUCUCGUUAAAACGGUGGCUGAGCUAAAAAUACGUUUUCCAAGAUUACACCAAGAUUUGCGAUCAUUUUUAUCGGUAGAUAUGGAAAGAUUAUGCAGAGAAGAAAUGUUUUUAAAGGAGGAGCCAGAACGACUCGAAUCAGCAUUAAG